UCUAAUAGAAAGCGAUCUUUUCUUGGUAGCAGGAAGAAUGCUAGGCCACUCCUUUUUGCAUGGUGGCCCGUGUCUUACAGGCCUCAGCAGAGCUUUUGUUCAUGUUCUGUUUCACAGCUCAUCUGAUACAGCCACUUUGCAAUUGGAGGACUGUCCAGAUAUUGAUGUACGAGAGACCAUCAGCUUUCUCAGUGGAGAAGUUUCAUUGACCGAGGACCAAUACAGUAAAGUCUUAGAACUUUGUUUGGCUUGGGAUCUUCCUGGUCCAACAGAAGAAAAUAGAAGGUGGCUUUACGAGCGUCUGCUGUCACAUGCGGUUCUUGGGAGAAGAACACGCCAAAUGAAACAAACCAAGCAGGGACUGAAAGACACCUUUGUUUGGCCCCUACUUACUGACAGGAAGGAUGUAGUGUUAUUCCCCAAGGAAUCUGAGGACCUAUGCACCCCUGAGAUGCUACUUUCAUGUAUUGACUGGCCUAACGAAAGCAAUAAUAAUAAUGAUGAUGAUGACGACGACGAGUACCCGGCUGCUACUAAGGAAAGGAUUGCUGGAUUUUUAAAGCAGUUCAUCGAGUCAGGUUCAGGUACAGGAUGCUGGAUACUUCCCAACACCCACAACUGGUUAGGGGUCAUGCUGCCCUCUGUUCGUAUUGGGUGAUUGUCCCAGGUGGUGCGGAAAAGGUUAAGACCAUCUUGAAGUC